AGGCUAGGUUUUUGUUUAAAUCGCGAUAUAUUUUACACGGAAACAAAAUAUUAGUUCACGCUUAUCGAAUAAAAAAAAGUUUUUGGAGAAUCUGUAAUUAAUCAACUUCUAAAUUACAAAAUGAUAUCUCUUUCGGAUAAAGAAAAGUGGUCAGGCUUGUUUGAAGAAGAUGUAAUUCAGAAUAAAGAAAAGAAGUUAGGAGUUGUUUUAAAAACCGUAAAAAAUGAUGAAGAUAGUGAUGACAGUGAAAAUUCUUCUGAUGAUGAGCAUGAAAAAGUAAAAGAAGGAAAAGUAAUGGUUGCUUGGUAUAACCCUCAUUCAAAAUGGAGUGAUGAUGAAAUUAAAGUUGUGGAUGAGAACUCGAUUGAACUAGUGGAUCGUUCUUUAUUACCUGGAGAUGCUGUGAGAUGGGUUUUAAAAGCAAGAGGAAGUCAAAAGGGGUUAGUAAAGAGCGUUGAUGUCAAAGUUGAUGUUGUUAUUGUUGGAACAAACUAUAUAUUAAAAGAUAUUCCUGUUGCACUUUUACCGCCAUUAGACGAAAAUAUAUCAUGUGGUACACCAAUUAUAAAAGGAUCUUGGUUGGGUAUAAUUCGAGGACAAUCCAUUGACCUAACUGUUCGUUUAAAGAAUGGAUCUAAAUGUGUAAUUUCUGGUGAAUCUAUAAAUGAGCUCCAUGAUGUCACUGACCAGCGAGAUGAAGAUUCAACAUUUUACAAUAAUUAUUUUUAUCCUGGUCAACAAAUACAAGGUAUUGCUCGUGUUUUUAAAGAAGCAAAAUGGAUUUUAGGAACUAAACCAGCCAUAAAAAAUCAAGGAAAAGUCAAAGCUGUAGUUGAACAGGUUGAUUUGACCAAACUGAUGAUUGAUUGGCAACUUCUUGGUUACUCUGGUUCACAGCAAGAUACCAAUUUGCCUUACAAUCAACAUUUAACUAAAGAAGAAGUGAUGAGUAAGGAUUUUUCAGUGUUGAAAAACUACAGAGACAACAAUAUUCAAAUUGGAGAUAAAGCCUAUUAUAUUCUUACUCAAGCUGAUGUUGAUCAGUGUCUCAGUGAAAUAUCCAAAGUGACCAAAAAGGAUAAGGUUAAUGAAAAAGGUGCUUCUAAAACUGUUAUUUCGGAUGAUGAUGAUGACAGUGAUAGUGAUAUUGAGGUGGAACCAGUUAUUGGAACAAACAGUUUAUCAUCUGCACCUAACAGCUCUAGAAGAGGAGUGGUUCGUCCACGUAGGAGAAGGAAUGUAGUUUUACAAAAACGUAAAAAGCGAUACCAUCCACUUGUUUCUUUUGUAGCUGGAGAAAAAAUAUGUGUAGAAAUAUGUAAAACUAAAACAAAAGCUGCAGUUUUAUGGCAAGAUGGAAGUUUUUCUGAAAAUAUACCAUCAACUGAAUUGUAUCCUGUCAUGAAUCUAGAUGAUUCCGAAUUUUUUCCUGGUGAUUUUGUUGUGGAUAAACGAGCGAACUCUUUGCCAGAAAAGUUUGGAGUUGUGCAAAUGGCUGAUAAUACAGCACGUGUUUGUACAGUUUUAUGGUUUUAUGGUCAUGGUUUAAAUGAUAAACAGGAAAUAGAAAAUGAUGUAAGUGUUUACGAUAUAGCUGAUCACAGAGAUUACACAUUUCGUGCUGGAGAUGUUGUUUUAAGAUUAGCCUCUGAAGAUAACUCAAACGAAAAUGAAAAUGAAAAUGUUAUUGUAUCUCCAGCUGGUCAGGUAAUUCAAGUAAACAACGAUGGAACUGUAAAAGUUCGUUGGAUUGAUGAUUCAAUUAGUAGUGUCAAGUCAACUAAUCUUAUUGUUGUAGAUCAUGAGGAUGAUGAUAAUUGGGAUAAUGAAGUUGAAAAUAAUAGUGUGUAUAGUUUGGAUGGGGAUGAAGAAGAGUGGGAAACUGCUAGUGAUGCAAGUGAUGCAACAUUUGAAACAGUUUAUGACAAUAUAAACCCUCUUGAAGAUAUAAUAAUGCGCUCAUUGGCUUCACUUAAUACAACAAGUUCUAGCAACAACCCACAUGUUGGAUCAGUAGACAGUGUUAUAGGGUUGAAUCAAAGAACAGCUGAUUAUCUGAACAAGCUUAGUCAACAAUUUGCUCGAGAAAGUUCUGUUGAUAGUACUACCACUGAAAAUUCUACAAAAUGUAUUUCAGAAGAUGUUCAAACAUUAGAUGUUGAGUCUGUAUUUUUACAAAAUAAUCAAACAUUCAAUCAAACUAUUAACGGUUUUUCUUCAGUAGAGUGUGUUCCUUCGUGCCACCAUUUCUUCAACAAUGUUCUUGUUCCAACAAAUACUCGUACAUUUAAUGCAGCUGUCCUAAAAGAAGUUAAAAUGAUUAAAGCGCACUUGCCUUCUGGUAUUGUUGUAAAAAGUUUUGAUGAUAGAAUGGAUUUGUUCAGUGUAUUAAUAUACGGCCCAAGUGGUACACCUUAUGAAGGUGGCAUUUUUUAUUUUGAUAUGCAACUUCCUGAGAAUUAUCCAAAUGUUCCCCCACUUGUUCAUUACCAUUCUUACUGCACAGAAAGACUAAAUCCAAACCUCUAUGAAGAAGGAAAAGUUUGUGUCAGUCUUUUGGGGACUUGGUCAGGAAAAGGAAGUGAAACCUGGACAUCUAAAUCAUCACUUCGUCAGUUAUUGCUAUCUAUACAAGGACUAAUUUUGUGUGAAGAGCCUUAUUAUAAUGAAGCUGGGUAUGAAAAGCAGAGGGGAACUGAUGAGGGCAAAGAAAAUAGUCGCAUGUAUAAUGAGAUGGCUGUAAUAAAAAAUAUGCAAAGUAUAUUACGGUUAACUGCAAGACCCCCUGAAAUAUUUCUAAAUGAAGUGACAAGUUAUUUUCAAGAAAAUCUUCCACGAAUCAUCAAAAAAUGCGAAAAUUGGUUAAACAGUUCUGAUUUUCCACCAGCAUUUCCUCUUUUUCCAUUAUCCAAAGGUUUUUGUGCAACACUGUCGCGAAUUUUAGAACAACUUCGUGAAAAUUAUUCCAACAGCAAAACAGUCGUCAAUUGAAAUUUCUUAUUCCUUUAAUAAUUGAAAAAAUAAAAACGAAGUAAAAUUUUUUUGUUUGAGAGAAUUAUUUUUUGCGCAGUCCUAAAGAUUGUUGUAAAAUUCAUCGAAUUAUGGUGGACAUUUUUUGUAAUAAUUUCAAAGUAUUUAUUUUUAAAAAAUAUAUAUAUAUAUUUGUAUAAGAUGUUGAAUAUAACAUAAAAA